AUGAAUUCUCUUCGUCCAGACCCCAGGGGUGUCUGGAAACCCAAGCCUCUCUCAGCCCUCCGUCGUCCUUCUUCGCUCCUGGAAUCCGCCAACCCCACUACUCCACCCGAUCGAACUACCCCACAAUCCAACGAAAAACCCCUCCACCAGAUACCGAUCACGUACUCUACCAUCGCUGCUAGAGCUCUCUCGUUCCAUAACCAAGUGCUUACCGGCGUCAGCCCUGUCCAACUGGACCAGAAUGGCUUGUAUUGCAAGCCUCUCCCAGGCUUUGAGGGAACAGCGUGCUGUUUCGCCUGCGGAUCGACCAGGCCUUUGGCCACACUCCAGAGAAAUCCUAUCGAGGAGAUGCAGCAAAUUUACUUGGCCGACUGUAUAUGGCAGAUCAUCUGUCGUGACUUGAAGCCCUUCUUGGGAACGCCCGACAAUGUCACACACUCAAGCCCCCCAUCUCUAUCACCCUCGCGGGCGCUUCCCAGAACAGCGCUAGCAUCCAUUCUACCAGAGGAACCUUCAACUACGAACGUCGAGUCACCCGCCGAACAGCCGUCUACGAUACUAAAACCACGACCGCAACAACCGCAGCCGACCUGCUCUUCUGAGUCUUCUCAGUCUCCCCAACCUCCUCAACCUCCCCAAUUUCCUCCACCUCUCUAUUCAACAUCCACUGCUACCUCCACAAAAAACCAGCGACCUACCUAUGCCUCGGUUCUUCAACGUCCCACACCUUCUCUACCGCGACCAAUCCCCAGAACCUAUCACACCGCACCUUCUCCCAACCGCACACUAACAAUCGAAGAUCUCUAUCGUCGUUUCCACAAUAAGCCAUCGCCCUUCAAACUCGACAAGAAAUCCAGUAAACGCUCGGCCAACCGAGCUCGCAACAAAGCCGCGUCUGCCGCAAUGUCCCUAACCAAGGUUUUAAUCUCAGCAUUACCAGCAUUCUCGCAACUUCUAGGGGAGAUGCAGUCAACCGCGGACAACUGUUGGCCGCCUUAUCUGGGAACUCAUUAUAGCCGCGCCAUUAGGGCAGCCUAA